GGUAAUAGAAAUUACGAUUUCGCCCGUCUUAAUACUUUUGGGAUGAAAAUAGCAAGGAGGGAAAUUCUUAAGAAAAAUUGUUUUCAAAUUAAAAAUCAUAAAAAUUCGGUCUCUGUGUGUUAAAAACAUAAGUUGAUAAACGUGCCUUGAUACUCAUUUCCUUUAUUUUUGUUCGGCUAGAAACUCCUUAAAAAGCAUUUUAAAACCCAAGUCUUCUUCUUGCUGCCGAUUGGCAUUUUGUGAUAUAACUCUCCUAUCAUCAUGGUAGAAGUUCCAACAGCUCCUUCGUCCGAUAGCCUUCAUAUAAUUGAGCAACAGGUUGAAAACCAUGAAGAAAUGCCUUCGAAUCUGCCUAAUGUUUCAGGGUCCUCCGUUGACCAAGAUCUCGCUGGAAUACAAUAUGACGAUGAAAACGAAAUUGGGGGCGCUUCUUAUCCGUCGUCAACGAAUCAAGAGCCUCUAUUUAAUUCCUCAAUGAACUAUGAUCUGGACGAGGACUACGACGAAUUAUUCGAGUUAGAGAACCUAAACUCGGAUGAGGAUGAUGAGUUAAUCGAUGAAGAAGAAGCGUUGACUCUGUAUGAAGCUGAAUUAAGCUCGUCUCCCUCUAUUAGUGAAGAAAUAAUCGAUAUAAAUUUUGUUUAUGCUAUUCGUCGUUUUGAAGCUACUGUGGAAGGACAAGUUACUGCUGAAAAAGGCGAUAUGAUGAUGCUUUUGGAUGAUUCGAACAGUUACUGGUGGCUUGUAAAAAUAUGCAGAAACUCUGAUAUUGGCUAUUUACCCGCAGAAUAUAUAGAAACACCUAGUGAGCGUUUAGCACGCCAAAACAAAUACAAAAAUUCCGAUACUUCUAGUUCCGGAAAUGCUCUUCCUGCUCCGUCUUUGGCCUCAUCUACAAGCAAAAGCGAUGAUGUAGCUAGAGUCCGUGUGAAGCGGGUCGCUUUUAAUUGCCCCAUAAAGCCUACUACGGAUCCUGACAUGGAUGACAUUUCGUCAGAGAAUGACUAUGAAGCCAUGGUAAAUCGUGCAAUGGCAGAAAAUGGGUUGGAAAUUGAGUUUUCCACGAGUAAUGAUACUUCUUCGGAUGAUGAGUCAAUAAAUGGUGGAGAUGCUAUUGAUGAUGAUGAUGAAAAUAAUACUGCUCUUACUGAAGUUCAACAAACUUCCACUCAUUCCUCCCUUCCGCCUACUGAUGUUGUUAAUUCCGAUUCAGAAAGAGACUUUCAGGAUGCAGUUUCUUCCGACUACAAGGAACAUGAUAAUAAUGACGGGAGUGAAACAGAAGAUCAGGAAGAUGACGAGCAAUUGUUUCACAAUCAUGGCAUGAUUGCUCCUACUCCAAAAUUUCCGGAUAAAGCGUCAUCUCCUUUAAAACGAGCAUUGUCCACUGGCGCUCUAAAAAUAAUUUCACCGGUGUCUUUAGAUCCCGAUUCUGAUCGGCCUCUUUCGUGCCCUGCUCCAACCUUAAGUGAAGAAAGUCAUUCACUGCAGCGGGAAAUGAUUGAUUUACAAGACCACCUAUCUAAAAGUCCUAAUUCUUCUGCUAGCUCUGGAUCUAAACUGGCCGAUAGGAAAUCUCAGCCAAAUUCAAAUAAAAAUCACUCUGACGAAAAACGAAUACCCUCGUCAUUGAUUUCCCACAAUGAUCAGUUUAUUCCUCAAGCCAUCCGACAUUCAGUUUCUUUGGAGUUAGCUACAAAAAAGGAAGGUGAAGUGCAACCUCUUUAUUCCUCUUCUGCGCCGGCGUCUCCGACAAUUCAGGAUGCUAAUGAUGAUUCCAAUUUGAUCCAAAAAAGUAUUUUCAAUGACCAAAAUCAACUUUUGUUUUCUAAAUUUUCAAGUCUCCCCCCUAUUUCUGUAAACGAUAGUAGUAUUGAAGAAUCAUCAGAGACAAUUACUUCGCCCUUCAGGAUUAAGCGCAAAGCCUUACCAGAAGAAAGUUUUGGCCAGAUUAUCAUUAAUAAUGAAGAUGAUGAUCAUGAUGAAUCAAAAGAAAACAAUGCAUCUGGCGAGGACUCUAUGUUUAGCUUGUAUCAGUCAUCCCUCGUAUCCGAAUCUGAAAAGAACGACGAGAAUUUCACUCCAGACUUAAUAAGUGGAAGUGGAGAGCCCAGUACGCCAGGAUCCCAUGAUUUUGAUACGUACCAAGAUAAAUCCUUUAAUGUAGCGUCUUCGGAUAGCCCGUCUACCUAUGUUUCUCCUCCCACAUCAUUUUCAGAAGACAUCUUUCCGAAACAAGAAUCCUUCCCUUCUAAAGUACCCGAUGCUGCCCAACGCUCAUUUUCUCAGCGUCAUAAGGAUUUGAAUCGGAGACUUAAAUCUUUUAUAGCUGAUCCGGAUUCUGUUAGCGACUUGUAUUGGACCGUUAAGUCUGCUGGUGUAAGAGCAUCUCCAAGAUCGUCAUACCCAUUUAAUGAAGAUACUGCUCGUUUGCAACUAGAAGAAACGUAUGCUAAUGUUUUAAGGAGUUUGUCCGAUGAAUUGGCUUCGGCGAUGAAACCCAGCAGCUAAUUCUAUGCAUGAGAACAUAAACCUCUGCCCAUUACUGUUCAGAGCUGUACUUAGUUUUUUGGUUGACCAUCUGUUAUAAUAGUAGUAUUAGUGUACAAUUUAUUUAUUUCGUUGUGUUUAUCGUUGUUAAUACUCUCUAAUACAAUGAUUUCUUUUUUC